CACCACCACACAUACACACACACACACACACACACACACACACACACACAGGCACACACAUCAUGGUGUCGAAGAUGGCUCCAAAGACGAAACCGGUGGAUAACUCUGUCAACGAGAGACGUUUGCGGCCCAUUUACGAUUGGCUGGAUAAUGGAAACAAUAAAAAAGCCCUACAAGAAGCUGAAAAGGUUUUGAAGAAGCAACCAAACCUCCAGUGUGCCAAAGUAUUAAAAGCACUUGCAAUGGUACGCCUGGGGAAAUCAGAAGAAGCUCAGAUUAUAUUGAAAGAUGUACAAUUGGAGGAGCCUUGUGAAGAUGCUACUCUCCAAGCCAUGGCUAUUUGUUAUCGGGAAACACACAGACCUGAACUAACAUGCCAGAUAUAUGAAGCUGCUGUGAAAAAAGAUCCAUUAAAUGAAGAGUUUUUGUCCCACCUUUUCAUGGGUUAUGUCCGUAUUGGAGACUAUCGAAAACAACAACAAACAGCCAUGGCCCUCUUCAAAGUUAAACCCAAAAACCCCUAUUAUUUCUGGGCUGUUAUGAGUAUCCUUAUGCAAGCCUACGUUAGUGACGAUACCGUAUGCCUUACGAUUACCUUGCCACUUGCAGAACGAAUGAUUAAAAAGUUCGUAGAGAAAAAAAUAGAAGCUGAAGCUGAGGUACAGUUGUACUUGAUGGUCCUGGAGAGACAGAGAAAAUACCAUGAAGCCUUAGAAGUGCUACAGGGGCCGCUAUCAGAAAAGCUGGCUUCUGGCAUAAUCGAAAGUAAAAAAGGCGAAUAUCUCAAACAAAUGAAACGUUGGGAUCAGAUGAUGGAUUAUACCGAAGAGCUUUUACGUUCAAAUCCUGAUCAAUGGAGCUAUUACGUCCAUUAUGCAGAAACUUUGUUUGAAAUUUCAUCUCAAGACGUGACCGUAGUUGAUCGGGCGAAAACGUUUUUGUUCUCGUUACUGGAGCAAGAAAGAAUGAAAUCGGCUAAUAAAUUAAGGGGUCCGUACCUGGCAAUGCUGUAUUUUUGGCAGCAACUUCAACAGCGAAAUUUCGAUGCCUCCGCCGUUUUUGGGAACUUCAAGGAGUUUGCGCAGGAGUAUGUGGAAAUUAUGGGAGACAAACCAUGCGCUUUCCAGGAUCUCAAACCAUUCAUUAGAAGCUUACCAGCAGACCAAGUUACUGAGUUUCUCGAUUGCGUUAAUCAAUCUGUCGGCUUGGACGACCCAAGUCGUCAGUCACCUAAAACGGUUAAGCAAAUCUGUCGGCAUUUGCUGCAACUUCAACUCAAUCGCUUUCUCGGGCAACAUGAUCUAUUAGGUAAAGAGGAGAAAACUCAACUGUCUCGUGAAUUAUGGGACCACUAUCUACGAACCAAAUUUUUAAAUGUUGGCCUAUUAACGACGGAUAUCAGACCAAAUGAUGGAUAUGCCUUACUGGCGGCCCACCUUUUGUUAGAUACGUGGAAUAAUGAUCCCGAUGUUCUUGAAAAGUGCCUGUUGUUGCUGGAAAUGGCCCUUGCCAAUAGUCCGGCCAAUUAUCACCUCAAGUUGCUCGUCACGAGAGUUUACACACUAGCUGGUCACGGACGAGCAGCUUUCCAGCGUUACGAGACGUUAGAUAUUAAAUACAUCCAAUUGGAUUCCCUCGGCCAUUUGCUCUGUCGACCUCUACUUUCGAUGGGAUUACCAUAUACAGCUUCGCCACUUUUGUCUAGCACAUUACGUUUUUACACCACACACGCCAGAGAAACAUCUGAAUGCCUGAUCUCGGCUUAUAAAUUUGGCUCCUUCGGGAAGAUUCCGGAAUUUACACAAUUUUGCCAACGACUUGAUAGCUCUGCUCACUUCGCCUCAAUCACCACGGAGCGCAUGUUGCUUGAUUUGCUCCUUGAGAGCAACUCGCAUACUAAAUUAGUGCAGAUGGCAGGAGGCAUGUUCGCCGAUCCUGACAAGGAUCAACCUGACUGGCAAGCCUGCGUCGAUAAUCGCGAUUGCGGUGUUUUUGUCUCCUGGGAGCCACCGUCCAAAAAUUCGCACGAUGAUAUCGUGAAGACAACGUUUAACGACGAAGUGAAAUUCGCUCGGCUACGCAAUCGUCUUGUUCACGCCCUUAUUGCCACUGUUGCGCUCUCGCCGAUUUGGCAGAUUGAAGUUCAAGAAACGAAAAGUAGAACGGAAAACUUGAACAAUGAUCAAAUAGCAGAACACCCGAGGGAUAAGUGUAUUUUACCUAAACUGCUUCAAGAACUUGGAAUUUUGUUAACUGAGUUGAAAUCAGAGUCGUUGAUGAGCCAUAGUCAGUUCUCCGUGCAAAGUCCACCACCUCCAAGGCUUUAUUCCUACGUUGAGAACGGUUCUCUAGAACCGAUUUUGAUUUUGAUGGAUAUAGUCUCAAAGGGCCAAUGUCACGCGAUUGGUAACGAUGAAAUCCGACAGCUUGAUAAUGCCCUCAACCGCGUUGUUGACUCUGCUCAGCUGUCCGUCGCCAGCGAGGGUUUCUGGAGGAAUUAUGUCCGACUUGAGAGAGUUUACAAUGCAGUCGAGACAUUAUGUUUGUGUGUGCUGGUCACUUCUACUAUUCAUGCCAUAAUCAAAAAUAACAAUGCAUAGCAAAAAAAGAAAAAAAAAGGUGAAGCGGAUAAUGGCGAUUCAUUGAACAGAGUAAAGCAAUUUUCGACCUUGGUAAGCUGUGUAACGUCUAACAUGAAAAAGAUGGAAGCUCUUAUUGACGAGUUAAGCGUCCAAGUGGGUGUCAGCCAGAUGAAAUUAACAGAAUCAGAUAACGAAAAAGCAGUACAUGCGAUCACAGAUGAAAUAAACAAGAACUUGAGUCAGUCCCCCGUUUCAGAAGUGAAGAAUCUAAUGGUGGAAAAGUUUAAGUUGUUAGAGACAUGCAACCUGUAAUGCGAAAUACAAUUUUCGUUGCAUUGCUUU